UUCUCUCACCAUUAAACCCUGGCUUUCUAAGAUCCUUUUAUUUACUUACUAAAAUGUCGGACAGCAGCCUAGAUGACUUUUUUGAGGAGGGGAGUGAAGAUUCUGAGAAAUAUAAGGAAGACUGUUCUUGCAAAUCGGGUGAAGAAGAUCAGGCAGCGUCCAAAGAUGAGAGCGAGCCUUACAGCAGCGCGAGUGAGAGCGAGAAUGAAUCGCCCCGAAAUUCAUGGAGUGAAAAAACGGUUGACAGUGUCAGUGAAGAGGCGGAAAAUGAAAUUGAUAUGGAUAACGAAAAGCAAAAUAAAAGCGACACGGAAGACAGUGGCAAACAGUACCCCGAUGACGCCAGCAGAAGUGACGACCUUGAACGUCUUCAAAUGUCUCAGAGCAACGCCUCAUCGUCUUCUUCUUCUUCUUCGCCUUCUAAGGGCUCGAGAGUCCGGCCGCAGUCUGGCAGGAGCCCGAUGAAGGUCCUCAUCAGCGCAGUGCAAGGCCCGCCCUCCGUCUCGGACGAGCCUCUGAGAGACAGCUCGAGCUCCGCGCCCCGCAGAGACACUUCGAGCUUGAGCUCCACCAACCUGAGCCCCGUCAAGAGCGAGCCUCCGUGCGCCUCUCCGCUCAUGGUGAGGAAGAGCCCGAUACACGUCGCCGUUCGGUCACGCGAAGCGUCCCCGAGAACCCAGGAAUCAGCAGCACCACAGGCGAGGGACCUGCAGCUCUCCACAAGCUCCAAGGGGAUCAACAGUGUCCUCAGCAGCAAAGAACAGUCGAGCAGGGUGUCUUCCGGCACAUCCACGAGUCGGUCCCGGUCCGCCGCGACUCGACCGAGGAUCAUGGACCGGGAAUCUCCCUUACACAAGCUUCCACGCCAUCGCCCUCUCGGAAAUUACGCUCGCAGUCUAAAGAUGCUUGGGGUGAAGAUGCCCUCGCCUACCCACAAGCCAUCAAGGACUCCGAGGUCAGCGUCCUCGCAGUCGUGGCAGAGCGAAGGGAAGCUGCACACGCGCGUGACCCGCCGCUCGACCUCCAUGGAGGACGUGAGCCGCGCCAUCCCGCAGGUCAAGAACCCGGCCUCGCUCAGCGCCCUCACUGUCGACGAGGGCCAGCGCGCCACCCUCAGCCAGGCCGUUUACGAGGAGUGGUACUUCAAGAGGUGCCGCCAGAUCAGGUCGCAGAGGGUCAAGGCCAAAGACAAACAGCGAGAAGAGGAGAGGAAGAAAGAGGUGAAAAACAAGGAAAAGGAGGAGAAGGUGACAGUUGCAGUGUGCGAAUGGGAAGAGAAGAAGCUCGAGCAGAAGAAGAAGGAGCGAGAGAAGAAAAAGACGGAAUCUCAGAAGGCAGCGGAAAAGGAGAAGGAACAGCAAGAGAAGCAGCUGCGAAUAGCGGCCGCCAUCGAGGCUUGGGAGAAGGAGAAGAUAGCGCUGGCCAAGGAAAAGCGAGAGAAGAAGAGGGCGGAGAAGCAACGGAAGAUGGAAAAGGCGCAGGAACAGCUGACCAAGAGAGAGGAAGCGGAAGUGGUAUUCAAAUCCUGGAAGGAGCAGAAGAAAAUCGAAGAAACGGAAAAGCGAAGGAGAGCAAAACAAGAGGAGGCAGAACGGAAGAUGAAAGAAGAACAAGAGAAGUUGGAGAAACGGCAGGACGCGGAGAUGUCUUUUGCUGCUUGGAAGAAAAUGAAAAUGGCAGAGCAAGGAGAAAAUCUUAAGAAGGUUUAUCAAGAUUCCGAGGGCGCGAAGUCGAUGCUGUUGCGGCGCCAGCUGGAGCGCUCGUCGGAGGCGCUGGAGGCGUACGAGCGCUGGCUGGAGGAGGUGGAGGACCGGCGGCCCGCGCGCAUCUACGAGAACGCGCGCACCUCGGUCUUGGUUCGCGCGCGCUCUCCGUGGUGGCCAGGGGGCUCCAGGAACUCUCUCCUUGGUUGCUGAAUGCUCGGAUAAACAAAUGCAGACGCACACACACAGAUACAGGCGUAUAUAAAUGUACAUAGACAUAGACAGACACAGGCACAAGCACAUAAAUAUACAGACACACACACACACACACACACAAUCAUACUCAUAAUUUACUCAUUAAUUUCUACUUACUUGCUGUUUUAGGUGUAGUUUGUUGUGUUUUGAAUUGUUUUAGUGUACUUUAAAUACUCGGAGUGUGUAGCACGGAUAGCUCUCCUGAAUUGCUCAGACCUAAUUCUAAAUACAUGUGAAAAUCAGCCUUUCAUCACAAAUAUAAAAUGUCUAUUUCGCUCAGGUAAAAAGCACUGUAAACAAAGCAGCUCUAGAUGGAAUCUCCACUCGCAAAGGGAUGUGAAUGUGGGCUGCAUCGAGGUCCUUGAGGUACCUUUCUCGGCCUCGAUGGGAUGUAGAAUCAAGCAGAAUACUUCGCCACAUUGUCGUGUAGGUAUUUUUUGUUAUAUAAUUUACUCAGAGAUGCACUUCUAAGCUGAAUGCUUAUUUGUUCAGAUCGUUUAAACCGAAAUGUACAAAUGCACAUUGAAGUAUGGCAAAUCGCAAAAAGGUGUCUUCCCAAAAAAUAUAUAUGCAAGAUUAUGAUAAUAAAGUGUGAAUCAUUGAAUA